AUGAAAGUAGCAAGUCUCCUAUCCCUGACAUUGCCUACAGCAGCCCUCGCUGCGUCCGACUCCUUCCAGUCACGCUGCAAUGAUUUCCAGAACAAGAUCGACAUCGCCAAUGUCACCGUCAGAUCAGUCGCAUAUGUUGCUGCGGGGCAGAACAUCUCCCAAGCGGAGGUCGCCUCCACGUGUAAAGCAUCGGUGCAAGCCAGUGUUGACCUGUGCCGCGUGACCAUGAACAUCUCCACAUCAGAUCGCAGCCAUCUCUGGGCUGAAGCCUGGCUGCCACGAAAUUAUACCGGUCGCUUCGUGAGCACGGGGAAUGGAGGUCUAGCCGGAUGUGUCCAAGAAACGGACCUCAACUUUGCAGCCAACUUCGGUUUCGCCACCGUGGGCACUAACGCUGGACAUGACGGGGAUACGGCCAAAUACUUCCUCAACAACUCGGAGGUUUUGGCCGACUUUGCCUAUCGCUCAGUGCACGAAGGUACCGUGGUGGGUAAGCAACUAACUCAAUUGUUUUAUGAUGAGGGGUACAACUACUCCUACUACCUGGGUUGUUCCACCGGUGGCCGCCAAGGUUACCAACAGGUCCAACGGUUCCCCGACGACUAUGACGGAGUGAUCGCGGGCUCCGCGGCAAUGAACUUCAUCAACCUGAUCUCCUGGGGCGCCUUCUUGUGGAAGGCGACGGGAUUAGCCGAUGAUCCAGACUUCAUCUCUUCAGACCUGUGGUCCGUAAUCCACCAGGAGAUUGUUCGUCAGUGCGACCCGGUCGAUGGGGCUUUGGAUGGGAUCAUCGAAGACCCUGACUUCUGCGCUCCGGUCAUCGAGCGGUUGAUUUGCGACGGGACUACCAACAGCACCUCUUGUAUCACGGGAGCGCAGGCAGCGAAGGUCAACCGGGCCUUGAGUGACUUCUAUGGCCCCGACGGGACCGUGUACUACCCGCGCCUGAACUAUGGGGGUGAGGCCGACGCGGCUUACCUUUACUUCACGGGGUCGAUGUACAGCCGUACCGAGGAAUGGUACAAAUAUGUGGUCUAUAACGACACCAACUGGAACUCCAGCCAAUGGACAUUGGAGAGUGCCAAGCUGGCCCUGGAGCAGAAUCCGUUCAAUAUCCAGGCGUUUGAUCCCAACAUCACGGCCUUCCGGGACCGGGGAGGCAAGCUGCUGUCCUACCAUGGCACGCAGGAUCCCAUCAUCAGCUCCACGGACAGCAAACUCUACUACCGGCGGGUAGCGAAUGCGCUGAAUGCCGCGCCGUCCGAGCUAGAUGAGUUCUAUCGGUUCUUCCAGAUCUCUGGCAUGGGCCACUGCGGCGAUGGCACGGGAGCAUCGUAUAUCGGCCAGGGAUAUGGCACGUACACCUCCAAGGCGCCCCAGGUCAACCUGCUGCGCACCAUGGUGGACUGGGUGGAAAACGGGAAGGCGCCAGAGUAUAUGCCGGGCAACAAGCUCAAUGCGAACGGAUCGAUUGAGUACAUGCGCAAGCACUGCCGGUAUCCGAAGCAUAACGUUCACACGGGGCCGGGUAACUACACCGAUCCUAACUCCUGGACUUGUGUAUAAUUAGCGGUGGUUCUCGUUUGGGUAACAGAAGUAGUUAGUGCAGUGUUGAAACCUUAUCAAAUGCCAUGUCGUAUAUCGCUUCUA